CAGCGGGCGCAAAGCCGAAGGUGGGCUUUGGUGGGGUGGAUUCUCUCGGGUGAACAACCCCGCGGAUGAUUCAACGGUAGCAGUUCGAUUUACUUGCAUGUUAUGGAAGCAACACUGUCAGCCGCUGCCCCGCCAACACCCCCUUAGCCCCCAAGUGUGUACCAAACAACAAUGAGCUCGACAACCUUCCUCGCUGACGCGAGAGAAAGAGCUCGGGUGUUGGACCGGGAUGAUCCGCUCGCGUUUACGCGCAGCGAGUUCAACAUCCCAACCAAGGCGCAGAUAGCGAGCACCCGCUUACCCGAUUCCCCGCCAGCGUCCACAGAACGCGAGUCUGGUGAUGAUGCCACAGCCGAGUGCAUCUACCUGUGCGGGAACUCGCUGGGCCUCCAGCCCAAGCGGACCCAAACCCGCAUCCAGCAGUAUCUCGCGACCUGGGCCACCCAGGGAGUGCAGGGGCACUUCAAACCGCUCGAGGACUCGCCUCUCCCGACCUGGCUCGACGCCGACGACCGGGCCGCCCAGCUCAUCGCUCCGGUCGUGGGCGCCUCCCAGUCCGAGGUGGCCGUCAUGCAGACCCUGACGGCCAACCUACACCUGCUCAUGUCUGCCUUCUACCGCCCGGACAUCCGCGGUAGGCACAAGAUCAUCCUCGAGAGCAAGGCGUUUCCCAGCGACCAUUUCGCCGUCGAAACCCAACUCCGCCACCACGGCCUCGACCCGGCCACCUCCAUGAUCACGCUCACCUCGCCAACCUCGCCAGAAGACAACGUCUUCACGACCGCCGAGAUCCUGUCCGCCAUCUCCACCCACGGCCCCACCACCGCCCUCCUCCUCCUCCCGGGGAUCCAGUACUACACCGGCCAGCUGCUCGACAUCCCGACCAUCACCGCGCACGCGCACAAGCACGGCAUCUUCGUGAUCUUCGACCUCGCGCACGCCGUCGGCAACGUGCCGCUGGCGCUGCACGACUGGGACGUCGACGCGGCCGCCUGGUGCAGCUACAAGUACCUCAACGGCGGGCCGGGCUGCAUCGGCGGGCUGUUCGUGCACGCGCGCCACGGCGACGCGGUCGUCGGACAACAGCCGCGCGCCGACCCGGCCACCGCCGCCGCCGCCGAUGACGGCAACCGGCACCACCGGCCCGAGGAGGAGGAGGAGGAAGGCGGCGGCCACUACGCCUACACGAACCGGCUGGCCGGGUGGUGGGCCAACGACAAGCGGACGCGCUUCGCCAUGGCGACCACCCCCGGGUUCCGCCCCGUCCGCGGCGCCGCCGGCUUCCAGCUGAGCAACCCGAGCAUCCUGGACAUGACCAGCCUGGGGGCGUCGCUCGAGGUGUUCGCGCUGGCGGGCGGCGUCGGGCGGCUGCGGGAGAAGUCGGUGCGGCUGACCGGGUUCCUGGAGGAGCUGCUGCUGCUGCUGAGCGGCGGCAGCAUGGCGGCCGAGGAGCGGGCGCUGUUCCGCAUCAUCACGCCGAGCGAUCCGCAGCAGCGCGGCGCGCAGCUGAGCCUGAAGCUCGCCGAGGGCCUGCUGGAGACGGUCAUGCGCGAGCUGGAGCGGCGGGCGGUGAUCGUCGACGAGCGCAAGCCGGACGUCAUCCGCGUGGCGCCGGCGCCGCUGUACAAUCGCUUCGAGGACUGCGUUGCGUUUGUCGAGGCGUUUGCCGAGGCGUUGGCUGUGGCGCGGCAGGCUAGGGCGUGAGGUGGAGGUAGGUAUGUACGGGCUUGUUGUAGACCUGUAGAUAUCAUAUAUCGGUGUCACACUGACGCAUGGAUGCUGAGCAAUCUCUGUCCCCAUAUGUCGGUGUCCUUAGACAGUGAGCUGUGCUGUCACAAACGGAAGUGCUCACCAGAAAGAUGAUUGCACUAGGGGGCAUCUUGUUUCGAGAGCCCGGCUCGGUCGCAAGCACCCGGAGCAGAAACACUCGAGCAUGGUAGACACGCUUGCUUGAUCAUAAACUUCAUUCACCCUGAGGUAUGUGAUGGCCUAUGAACGACAACAGGAAAUGAAGGGUAAGUUUGUCGAGUCACAGUACUUGUGUACCCGGGACCCCUUGAGUUGCACUGCCAGUCGUAGACGGACACCUUCAAACACCGGCUUGUGCUACUUUCCCAACUUGGCAGCGAAGAGUUGUAUCCAUUCGGAUUUCA